AUGGAUGCGGGCCUCGGCCGGGCCUGUGAAGUGCUGAGCAGCGCAGGGCCCUGGUCGAAGCAGGAGCUCUGUGAGGUUUUCCUGGCACUCGGCCUGGCCGGGGCCGGGGCAUUGCAACGUGACCUCCUGUGCCAGAUGCUUUCAGCCUUUGAGACUGAGGCUGGCCAUGUGGAUUGUGUGAAGCUCUGCAUGUCCCUGGCUGAAGCGAAGGGUGGGACCAGCACAAGUAACUUGGAGUGUUGCUCGGAAUGGCUAACGAAGGAUGAGGCGGUCGAACUCAACUUGCCCGGACAGGCGGAUGAUCCGAAAGACUGGAUGCAUGCUAUCUUCCGCGAAAUCUCUGCUGGAUGCAGCAUUCCUUUGGUAGAGGAACGGGCAAUGCUUUUGAACCAGCUGAAUGUGGUUAUCUCUUGCAUCUUCCAGGGUUGUGAUCGGCAUGGCUGGGUUGAUCACUCAGGAAGUCCGCUGACGCCGCCCAUGGUGAACUUGUACCACACCAUGGACUUGUUAGUGCGACCAGCCACCGCUGCCCGCGUCUGCAGUUUCGUGGAGCUGGUCGCAGAAGCGCCUCAGCCAUGUCAGUGGUUCGUAUCUCACUGGUGGGGCGAGCCUGUCGUGGACUUCGCAGCGUGCUUGAGGCAGCAUCAACAUGACCGAAAUCUCCCGAGGAGCACUGCUUACUGGGUCUGCGCGUAUGCUAACAACCAGUGGGUGGUCCAUGAAGAGAUAGGAGCAGACCCGGCCACCAGCAGUUUUCAACGUGCCAUGAGAAGAGCUGCUGGUACUGUUUCCAUUCUGGACAGCGGCGCUGUCUGCUAUACGCGGGUCUGGUGCAUCUAUGAGACGUACGUUUCAACCUUGAAGCAGGCAGAUGGACAGGAAGGCUUGGAUGGCCUAAGCUACUUCUUUGACAUCUACACGAAUGAUCCGCAGAUGACGGAAGCUGUCGGAAUCGCCGAAGGAUUCAUUGCAGCGGAUGGCACUGGACCCAAGCAGGCCAGGCGGAAGCGCCACCGGGAAAGCCGUUUCCCGUUUGAGCUCAUCCAGAGGGCUUUCGACAUUCGCGUGGAGCAUGCGGAUGCAAGUCGGGAGAGUGAUCGACGCAUGAUCCUGAAUUCGAUCGCGCAGAUGGAUGAUCUUGCUGCCGAGCCUGCCCUGGAGCACGAAGCCUACGACGUCUUGAACGACAUCCUGCACGGCCGAUUCGCUGCGGCCUCCUUCGUCAAGGCUGCCUCAGUUGGUGUGGACUUGAUGCGACACGCUGAAGCGCUCAGCCGCUCACGCCUGCCCCAGCUGGCUCUUCACUUUGGUGGCGAUUGCCAGAAGACGCUUACGGAUGCCAAUGUUGCACUCCUGGCACGGAGCUUGCCCUGCGAGUCGCUGCAAGAUCUAUUCCUCGGCUGCCAGGGCUGCCGACAGCUUUCAGAUGCUUCAGCCGUGGCGUUGGGUGCCGCGCUUGGCAAACUGACGCGGCUUCGGCGUCUGGAGCUCCGCCUCUCCACUGGCCCCACGAUUUCCGAUGAAGGACUUGUGGCUUUGGCCGCUGGACUCCACAGCGGUCCCUCGAUGCUGGAGAGCCUGGCUUUGGACAUUUCCGGACAGAAAGGAAUCACGGAGGACGGUUGUAGCAGCCUGGCACGAAGCUUGGAGCACCUGCCGCAGCUGAGCAAGGUGCACAUCAGCCUGAGUGCAGGCAGUCCAGGCGAGCCCCACGUCCCAGACCGGAUUGGGUGCGUACACCAUCCAUGCGGAGUCGCCUUCGACCGCACCGGCAGGUAUUUCUUCAUCGUCGAUCAGAGCAACCAUCGUGUUCAGGUUUGGGAUUCCUCAACUCAGGAGGUUUUAGGUGCUUGCGGAUCGAAAGGGCUGGGUCCAUCGCACUUCGAUACGCCUUGUGGCAUCGUGGCAGACCGCGAGAACAAAAUCGUGGUCUCAGAUCUUCUGAACCACCGCCUGCAGGUCUUGGAGUUCAAUCCCAGGACUGGGGAUCUGCAGUUCCUGCACUCUGUAGGCGGCGAAGGUACUGGCCCAGGGCAGUUCUCCUUCCCCAAGGGCCUGGGCCUGACGGAGAACGGUUGCCUCCUUGUCUGCGACUCCGCCAACCACCGUGUUCAGGUCUUGGACAUGGAGGAUUUUCAUGUGGUGAGAGAGUUCGGAUCUUUUGGCUCGGGUGAUGGGCAAUUCGACUCGCCGCUAGCAGCCACCAUUACCUGCACAGGAGACAUCUUGAUAUCGGAUGCGAACAACCGCAUCCAGGUCUUCGAUGCAAAGGGCAGCUUCCUACGAUCGUUUGGUGUUCGUGGCAGGAAGGAUGGGUUCUUCCACUACCCUGUGGGCAUUGCUGUGAAUGAUGAGAAUGCGCUAUUCGUCUGUGAUCAGGGGAACCAUCGCAUCCAGGCGGGAAGUCAUGGAAGCUCAGGUGGUUCUACGCCAGCUUUCGGUUUCUGGUCAGUUUUGUGA